AUGGGGGACGCAGCGAUGAACGUCGCAGCGUCCGGCGGCAGCGGCAGCGGUGGCGGCAGCGGUGGCGGUGGCGGCCAGCGCAUCGUCAAGGAGGGCUGGCUCCAAAAACGCGGUGAACACAUUAAGAACUGGAGGUCCAGGUAUUUUGUUUUGAGAGAUGAUGGUACACUGGUUGGAUUUAAGGCAAAGCCUGAUCCACAAAUGGCUGCGUCGGCCCAGCCGUUAAAUAACUUUACAGUGCGUGGGUGCCAAAUAAUGUCAGUGGAUAGACCUAAACCAUACACGUUUGUUAUCCGAGGCCUCCAGUGGACGACUGUAAUCGAAAGGACAUUUCAUGUAGAAACUGAACAAGAAAGGGAAGACUGGGUAGCAGCAAUCAGAUAUGUAGCUGAUAGGUUAGCAAGUGAAGAGCACCAGCAACAAGAACACCCUCAGAUGCAACAAUCUUCCUCUUCGGAGGACGUCGAUAUGGAAUCGUCAGGAGGUGCUAGAUCCGAUUCCUGUAGUUCCUUAGGUGUUGUAUCUACAGAUAUAGACGGCGGUAGUAUUGAUGAAUUAUCGGCAAAAUUCAGUGUCCAGGGAACUUCAAGUAGUAAAAGCACUGGCAAAAAGAAAGUAACGCUCGAAAAUUUUGAAUUCUUAAAAGUUUUGGGAAAGGGAACGUUUGGAAAGGUAAUUUUAUGUAGAGAAAAAGCGACGGGACAUUUAUACGCUAUCAAAAUUUUGAGAAAGGAGGUCAUCAUUCGCAAAGAUGAAGUGGCACAUACACUUACCGAGAACAGAGUAUUACGUACCACCAAUCAUCCCUUUUUAAUUUCCUUGAAAUACAGUUUUCAAACGGCGGACCGACUCUGCUUCGUUAUGGAAUAUGUAAAUGGCGGUGAAUUGUUUUUUCACUUGAGCCGAUCACGGGUAUUUGGUGAAGACCGCACUCGAUUUUACGGCGCAGAGAUUAUAUCAGCUCUGGGUUACUUGCACUCGCAAGGUAUUAUAUACCGUGACCUAAAACUGGAAAAUCUCCUUUUGGACAAGGAUGGGCACAUAAAAAUUGCUGAUUUCGGCUUGUGCAAAGAGGACAUUACGUAUGGAAGGACAACAAAGACAUUUUGCGGAACACCGGAGUAUCUUGCACCAGAGGUACUCGAGGAUAACGAUUACGGGCGUGCUGUGGACUGGUGGGGCGUGGGUGUAGUUAUGUAUGAGAUGAUGUGCGGUCGAUUACCUUUUUAUAACAGAGAUCACGAAAAGCUGUUUACGCUUAUUUUAUUGGAAGAAGUAAGAUUUCCUAGGACGAUUAGUAAUGAAGCGAGAGACAUGCUUGGCGGUUUGUUAAUAAAGGAUCCAAGCAGAAGAUUAGGCGGUGGACCCAAUGACGCAAAAGACAUCAUGAACCACGCAUUUUUCUCGUGUAUCAAUUGGACAGAUCUCGUUCAGAAGAAGAUCCCCCCACCGUUCAAGCCGCAAGUGACUUCAGAUAUUGACACUCGAUAUUUUGAUAGUGAAUUUACCGGCGAAAGUGUUGAACUCACACCCCCCGAUCAAGGCUGUUUAGGUAGUGGAGGGGGUCUGAAUUCUAUAGCCGAAGAACAAGAACAUUUCCCGCAAUUUUCAUACCAAGAAAGUCAUUCUGCAGCAACUUCUUCCAUUGUUUCUAUUAAUCACUGACAGUGUAAAGUGUCUUGCUUAAUUAAUAUAACGAGAUGUGUGAUUUAAUGCAUGAAAAAAAAACUCCAAGCAAAAACAUUCGAUUACGGUAUUUAACUGACGAUUGUCUGCAAAGCUUGAAAGCUUAAAUUUUCUCAAUAGGCAGAUCGAUCGAUUUACCUUUCUUCAUGAUGCUUUUUUUACGCAUCUUAAGAGAUUGUCACAUAUCUCCAACGGCAGAUUAGAUUUAUGCGUAUAAGUGUGUGCGCGCAUAUAACACCUAUACACAUAACUAUUCAUUAAAAUUGUAUAUGGCAAAAUGUAUACUAUAAGAUUAGAUUGAGAUAGUAUGAUUAAUACUUGCUGAAUAGAUUCGAAGGAAUAUGACAGGGAUUAAAUUAUGUUCUUAAUUGAAUCGAAUUAACUGAACAAGUCCUUGGGAUAUAUCUAUUGUGAAUAUUGAAGGAUUUUCUUGUCGAGGGACGCGCGCGUGCGCGAUAAUUGUAAUUAUAAUCUUUCGUUUAACAAGAGUUACUCUUGAUACUUUCCAAGUUUACUUGUCACUGUUUAUUAUCUUAUUUAUGGAGGGGCAGUUCCUGAUCUUUUUUUUUAAUUCAAUAAAUGACCGUUACGGCAGAUGCCAAAGUAAAAAAAAAAUCACAACUGGUCAAGAGCCAACAGAAAAAAAGAAAGAAAAAUACUUUGUCCAUUGUGAAAGUAGAAUUGUAGUAAAAUAUCAGCUUUAAUUGAAUUAUUGUGUAAAUUUGAGAACACUUUUUUAGCUUUAUGAGGAUAUCGUUAUUACUUGACUGGUCGUAAUUGGAGAUGUGCGAGUAUUCGAAAAAUCUUGAGGCGCAUUAAGUUUCAAGUUUCCUGGAAACGAUUAUUCGACUAUUUUUAGAAUUGCUUGGAAAGAUAAGAGUUGUGUAAAGGCAAUUUGUGGCUUAAAUAUUUUCUGCCUAAUCUCUCCCUUUCUCUCUCUCUAUGGAAAUUUCUAAAAUAUUAAAAUGUAAUUAACACACCUAUUGAUGGAGCCAAAGCGAUAGAGCUUAUUGCACAUAUAUGAACUGUGCGUGUAAAAAGUAUUUAUAAAGUAAAAAAAACUAUUAUCUCCACAUCAUCGCUACAAUUGGUUUAUCACUGAAUCAUUAUCAACGUAAAGCUCGUGAGGUAUUCGAUUCCAUAAUUACCCAGUAUAAUCUAAAUUUGUAAAUUUUACGUGCGGUUUUGCUCCAAUACAAUUAUAGUUAUGUACUUUCAUAUUAAAUAAGAUAUAAAAUGAACUUUUUAAUAAUGAAAAAAA